AAAAAAAAAACUAAAUCGGAAAAAUAAAAACUGAAACAAAAAAGAAGAGAGAAGAAAAUGGCUACACAUAUGCAAGAUCCACCUUCGAAAUCUAACCCUAACAAUCCCAAUGCAAACAACAAUGCCGUCAAUGCUCAUCAAUUACCUCCUCAACCUCCGCCUACGGCGGCGGUUCCGCCAUCUUCCACCGGCGUAACCUCAUCCGUAUUCAUCCGCGGUGACGGUUGUGAAGGUGGUAGUCCGAACGCGCAUCACCGGAGGGCUCACUCGGAGGUCAGUUUCCGGCUGCCGGACGACAUGAUGGACCUAUCGCCGUCGGAUCCGUUCACCGGCGGCUCAUCCACCGCCAGCCUCGAGGAGAUCGGAUCCGAGGACGACCUCUUCUCUACCUACAUUGACGUCGAGAAGCUCAGCGGCGGAGGAGGGGCUUCGAACGGUUCGAUUCAGGGCGGAAAUGGAUCGGAUCAGAGCGGUUACGGCGGCGCUGGAACAAGCGGCAACAACGAGGAAGAUAAGAGUCCUGGUGGAAACGGUAGCGCUGGCGCCGGAGGAGCUAGGCCGAGGCACCGGCAUAGUAACUCCGUCGACGGUUCUACGACAGGCGUGUUCGGAGAGAUCAUGGAGGCGAAGAAAGCAAUGCCUCCUGAUAAGCUCGCUGAGCUAUGGACCAUUGAUCCGAAACGCGCCAAGAGAAUACUUGCUAAUCGGCAAUCUGCUGCACGUUCAAAAGAGAGAAAGGCCCGCUAUAUACAAGAACUCGAGCGCAAAGUUCAGACCCUUCAGACCGAAGCUACGACUCUUUCUGCCCAAUUGACCCUAUACCAGAGGGACACAACAGGUCUGAGUAGUGAAAAUACCGAGCUCAAACUUCGGCUACAAGCCAUGGAACAACAAGCACAACUUCGCGAUGCUCUUAACGACGCAUUGAUGAAAGAAGUAGAGAGGCUAAAGAUUGCCACCGGGGAGGCAAUGAAGCCCUCUGAAUCUUUUAAUCUAGGAAUGCAACAGAUGCAAUUUGCAGGGUCAAAUUUCUUUCCACUCCCACAAAGUUCAGGUCCUCCUGGUCUGCAGAGCAUACCAAUGAUGUCAUUCUGUCACCCCCCAUCCAACAUUCCUCAUGAAAUGCAACAAUCAAAUUCUCAUCAACUCGCAGAUAUAUUGCAUAACGACCAGCUCGGUCGCUUGCAGGGACUCGACAUUAGCAGCAAAGGAUCAACCCUUGUGAAAGCCGAAGGCCCCUCACUUUCUGCGAGUGAGAGUAGCAAUACAUUUUGAAUUUAACAAAUCUCUUGAUUGACCUGCUGACUCAUGGCCUUGUUCCUUCUCUUCAAGAUGUUUAUAAUGUUGACAUUUAGCCGUCUAAUUAAGGUUCUUUGUUUCCUUUAAAGUUCCAUUUAGAUUAUUGAGGAUUAAUUCUUAAAUUGUUUAUUCUUAGGGAUUCCCUCAACAAAGGAGCAUCACCCUUGGGUUUUUUGUAGCAAAAGUUUUACAAAAAUCAUGUUGAAUCAUGACAUUUUGGUUCUUGUGGGUGUUAGAAUAUAGGGAGUGAAAGGUCAUUUUUAUAGUUUAUUUUUUGGUAUGUUGGGAUAUUUAGCUAUCACCUCCGUUUGAUAGCUUGUAUACUGUGAUUUAUUGUUGUGUUACAUAUUUUUAAAGUAUGUUUAGGGUGGAUUUUGCUAAAAUAGAAAAUGGAAGAUGAAACUAGUUCAUUCUACCAAGCAUUGUUAUUGUAUUUUUGGGUUUUACUCAAUAGUUGUGCAACCCAAUGAUUGUUGGAAAUUUUUAUUUAUUUGAUCGUGUAAAUUGAUUUCUUUUUUAUUA